CUGAUUGUAUUGGCCGGGGCUCCUCUCACUUCUCCAUCUGCCCUGUGUGUGCGAGGCUGGUCCCUUCCCUCCCGGCCCCUCUCCUAUGCACUGAGCCUGCCGGCGCUGCCACCAUGACGGGCUACUCCACCAACAUGCGGAUUAAGCUGCCCGUAUUCUGCCUCCUCCUCGAAUUCAUCACUAUCAUCCUCUUCGCUGUGUUUGUGCGCUACGACCACGAGAGCGAUGCCAAGCAGUGGCACGAUGAGAUGCGCAACCACAGCGUCCAAAACGCGGAGAACGACUUCUACUUUCGCUACCCAAGUUUCCAAGAUGUCCACGUGAUGAUCUUCAUCGGCUUCGGUUUUUUGAUGACGUUCCUCAAGCGCUACGGUUUCAGCAGCGUGGCCUUCAACUUCCUCAUCGCGGCUUUCGGCCUGCAGUGGUCAACCCUCAUCCAAGGCUUUUUCCAUGGCUUUCAUGAUGGCAAAAUUCACGUUGGUAUAGAGAGCAUGAUAAAUGCCGAUUUCUGCACUGGAGCCGUUCUCAUCUCUUUCGGGGCAGUACUAGGGAAAACCAGCCCGGUCCAGCUAAUCGUAAUGACCUUGAUUGAAGUGACCUUAUUCGGCAUCAAUGAAUAUAUCAUUCUAAACAUUGUCGGGGCUAAGGAUGCUGGUGGAUCAAUGACCAUUCACACUUUUGGAGCCUACUUCGGCCUGAUUGUUUCCAGAGUUCUCUACAGAGACGACCUGGAGAAGAGUCGGCAGAGGGAAGGGUCUGUCUAUCACUCCGACCUCUUUGCCAUGAUCGGAACUAUCUACCUUUGGAUGUUCUGGCCAAGCUUCAACUCCGCCAUCACAGCUCAUGGGGAUGACCAACACCGCACUGUAAUGAACACUUACUACUCCCUGGCUGCCUGUACCCUGGCCACGUUUGGCUUCUCAGCUCUGCUUAAUGGAGAAGGAAAGCUGGACAUGGUUCACAUCCAGAAUGCUGCCCUAGCAGGAGGUGUAGCAGUUGGAACUUCCGGUGAAAUGAUGCUGACCCCCUUUGGAGCCAUGAUUGCAGGGACACUGGCUGGCAUGAUCUCCGUCCUUGGAUAUAAAUACCUAACUCCAGUUCUAGAUUCCAAGCUGAAGAUUCAAGAUACCUGUGGGGUGCACAACCUUCAUGGAAUGCCAGGAAUCCUGGGUGCGCUCAUUGGAGCUAUUGUGGCGCUCUUGGCAACGGCAGAAAUCUAUGGUGCUGGGAUGGAGGACGUCUUCCCAUUAAUAUCCGAUGGGAGCCGCACCGCCAAGCAGCAAUCUCUGUACCAGUUCCUGGCACUGCUGGUAGCUUUGGGAUUUGCCAUCCUUGGGGGACUUGUUGUAGGGUUCAUUUUGAAGUUGCCGAUCUUUGGAACCCCCUCUGAUGCCGAAUGCUUUGAAGAUGCAGUCUACUGGGAGGUACCAGGAGGAGAGGGCCACCAACAACUGACUGUCGUCAUUAACAACGAGGACCCCGAUACGCAAGCGUAAAUUUGCCCCGAAUUUCUGAAAUCUUCCAAACUCCUUCCUUGGUUCCAGAGUGGUCUUCAUGGUUGUUGCUCCAGCAGCUGCCACGGAACAUCAUCAUUCUCUUGGUGCUGUCAAGAUGAACCUCAAAUGUGAACAUUCAAUUAUUAACCCGUUUUUCGAUAUGCGCACUUACCACCUUUCCCAAAUGUGAGACAGAGCACUGUGUAUAUUGUGCAGCUUCUACAGUCAGCAGGACCUUCUUGUCCCCUAGAGAAGAAGGCAGCUAUUAUUUUAUGUGUGUUAUGUACCCUAUAUAUCAGCUCAGCUUUACUGGCCCCACCAACUUCCAGUCCACCCAAAAUUCAACCAAGGACUCUAGGAUAAUGGACGUCCCUGGUCCAAACUAUACUGUUACCCUGUAUUUGUUUGUUUUUUAUUGCCGUACACUUUUUGGAAUAUUAAAUCAGUGCAGUUUGUAGGCGCCGUUACCUUCUAUCCCGUGUAACUUACCGUCCCACCGUGAUGUUAUACAUACUGUAGCAUGCAGAGGAUACUUGGGUAAUCAGAACCAAGAUGGCGGUGAGAUGCUCUUCAAGAUAAUACUCUGGGCUUGUGGGAUUUUUAUGGGAGAUACACACCAGUCUAGGGUAUGGGAGACACACACCAGUCUAGGGUAUGGGAGAUACACACCAGUCUAGGGUAUGGGAGACACACACCAGUCUAGGGUAUGGGGAGACACACACCAGUCUAGGGUAUGGGGAGACACACACCAGUCUAGGGUAUGGGAGAUACACACCAGUCUAGGGUAUGGGAGAUACACACCAGUCUAGGGUAUGGGAGAUACACACCAGUCUAGGGUAUGGGCGAUACACACCAGUCUAGGGUAUGGGAGAUACACACCAGUCUAGGGUAUGGGAGAUACACACCAGUCUAGGGUAUGGGAGAUACACACCAGUCUAGGGUAUGGGCGAUACACACCAGUCUAGGGUAUGGGAGAUACACACCAGUCUAGGGUAUGGGAGAUACACACCAGUCUAGGGUAUGGGAGAUACACACCAGUCUAGGGUAUGGGAGAUACACACCAGUCUAGGGUAUGGGAGAUACACACCAGUCUAGGGUAUGGGAGAUACACACCAGUCUAGGGUAUGGGGAGACACACACCAGUUUAGGGUAUGGGGAGACACACACCAGUUUAGGGUAUGGGAGACACACUCCAGUCUAGGGUAUGGGAGACACACACCAGUCUAGGGUAUGGGAGAUACACACCAGUCUAGGGUAUGGGGAGACACACACCAGUCUAGGGUAUGGGGAGACACACACCAGUUUAGGGUAUGGGGAGACACACACCAGUUUAGGGUAUGGGGAGACACACACCAGUUUAGGGUAUGGGAGACACACUCCAGUCUAGGGAAUGGGAGACACACAUCAGUCUAGGGUAUGGGAGACACACACCAGUCUAGGGUAUGGGAGACACACACCAGUUUAGGGUAUGGGGAGACACACACCAGUCUAGGGUAUGGGAGACACACACCAGUCUAGGGAAUGGGAGACACACACCAGUCUAGGGUAUGGGAGACACACACCAGUCUAGGGUAUGGGAGACACACACCAGUCUAGGGUAUGGGAGACACACACCAGUCUAGGGUAUGGGAGAUACACACCAGUCUAGGGUAUGGGAGAUACACACCAGUCUAGGGCAGGGGAGACACACACCAGUCUAGGGUGCAAGGUUAGAGAUUUGAAUUGCUUGAGGGUGCCCAGCAUAUUGGCAACCCCUCCCUGUAGACCUAAGCUGAUUAGAGAGAUGCAUCACCAAGUCAAGCAGCCAAUCACAUUCAGGAACACUCUACCAGCCAUAUUCUCCUGACAUGAGCCAAGAUUAGAAAACACUUGACCAAAGAAGACCACUCCAAUUGAUACCCAACCAUGGGCUCAUACCCAAAGCUCUACCCAAGCUCUACACUUUUCCCAGUCUUUGGUUUGUUAGUGUCUGGCCAAAACUGGGGCCACUGGGACUGGUUCAGACAACUAAAGUCUUUCUGUGCCCUUAAUAGACAUACCCUUAAGGGAGGGAACUCAGUGGCUUCCAGAUCUCCAGGAAAUGGUAGUAGUCAAACAGGCAUGUCUCCUAUCUGGUUGUGGUUUUCAGAUGAAGUUGGCCACUCCCACCAUAAGCAAUGGACAUGCCCUGUCAUACAUAGAUCCGCCCAGUUAUGCCCAGACCACACCCCCUUGCUCCACCCCAUUCUAGGGUAUAAAUCCUGGAGACUCCAAUACGCGGCAUAAUAUAACAAUUUCAGGAGAUUUUCAUGCUUACAUCUAAAGCUUGAAAUAGAGCUACUUAUUUCCAUGCCAUAGUAGCCUUUCCUUUCCCGGAAUGGAGUUAGAGAUACUAAAACAGGGAAUAAUUGCCUCAAAAAAAUGCCCUGCGCCCAUUGCAACCAAUCAGAUGUUUGCCUUCAAAGAGAAAGAUGCUAUAUUUGCUUGGUUGCUAUGGGUUACAAGACCCCGUGCAAAUGUCGGUCCUUUUAUUACAUUAUCCCAGGGUGCUAUGUUUGUUCUCCUGCCCCCCACCCUUCACCGUGCUAUGUGCCACCCCCUUUAUAAAGCAAGUAUAUAGGCUGUACAGAUAGAAUAGAUAGCGAUGUUACGACAUAUAUCCGGUUAUAAUAGAAGAUAUUUAGGUAGGUAGGUAGGUAGGUAGCUAUUCUAAACUGACAUGUCAUGGGCGUAACGACAGACAAGUGUGAGGUUUUUUUUUUCGGCUAUUGUGUAUUUCUUGUUUUUUUCCCAUUACAAAAAUGAUUAUGUAGUUCUUCCAUGUUGGUAUUUUGUGUUUUGCCUACACUGUGUAUAUUGGAACAGCAUGCUGGAAUAAACGCCCCCCCCCCACUGA